AUGGCGAAGAGAAAGUCGGAGAGAGAUCCCGAAGAGCUGCCCGAUGCUUCGGAGAAGCGCCCGCAGCAAGACGACGACGACUCUGGCAGCGAUGAGGAAAUGGAUAUAGUCAAUGUCGAUUUCGAAUGGUUCGAUCCACAGCCGGCUGUAGACUUCCACGGGCUCAAGAAUCUCAUGCGCCAGCUCCUCGAUGUCGAUGCGCAAUUAUUCAACCUCUCAGAACUCGCCGACCUCAUAUUGUCGCAACCACUCCUGGGCAGUACCGUCAAGGUGGACGGCAAUGAAACGGACCCGUAUGCUUUCCUUACAGUCUUGAACCUGCAAACACACAAGGACAAGCAAGUCAUUCGCGACUUGACAUGCUAUCUUUCCAAAAAAGCUACUUCAAUCCCAGCUCUCCCACCGCUACUCUCGGAAUCCUCAACUGCGCAAGUCGGCCUCAUUCUGACGGAGCGCUUCAUAAACAUGCCGCACGAGGUCGUCCCUCCAAUGUACACAAUGUUGCUUGAGGAGAUCCAGUGGGCAGUUGAAGAAAAGGAACCGUACACAUUUACCCACUACCUCGUGCUCUCAAAAUGCUAUUCGGAAAUCCAGUCGCAGUUACCGAGCGGAGACGCGCCGCCGAGCAAGAAGAAGAACAAAAAGGCCGACGUUGGCCAGGAAACAUUUUAUUUCCAUCCCGAGGACGAGGUGCUGCACAAGCAUGCCGUUGGGUACACAAGCUUUGAGUAUGACACGCCAGUGGACGAAGGCGCAAGUGAUAGUAAGAGAGCGUUUCAGGAAAUGGGAGUCAAGCCCAAAGGACACAUGGUGUUGAUCGAGGCGGACAAGUUCCAGGGUGCUGUCGAGGCUAUCAAGAACUUUUUGAACGGCCAGUAA